CCACUCUCAACUCCUCCCUCACUUCCACUCAGAUCGGAACGAACCCAGAGCAGCUGCGGCGACGAGGCCUUCCUUUAUGGAAAUCCCUUGCGAACAGCGUCGAUCAAACUUUGCAAGGGUACUCCGCCAAUUACGGGAUGCAGGUUUCCGCUGUGUCGGAUCGUCACAGGUGGCAAGGAUGUUCCGGCAACUGCUGAUUUAAGGUAUGCUUGGAUCGUGGUUAUUGCGCCCUCAGGAUCUCCGAUCUGGAAAGUAAAGUACCUGAGUGUCGGGAUUGCACAAGGGGCUCUUCUCCCUUGGCCGCCGAGACUCUCGAUAUCUACCAAUCCUAUCCCGCGUGCCGUGCUUCAUCUCGUGAUCCCACCACUUUUAACUCUUCAUCGACCAUACGCUGUUUUGAGGCCGGACCAACUCUGACGAUACUGCUCGCCCACUUACAACCAAUAUAUCCAUAAGAACAAAGAUAAUUUUAAUUCCGCACAACAACCCUAAUCACCAAGAUGAGGACCAUCUCAGCAUUCACCAUCGCCAUGGCGAUCCUCAUGCCUGCCACGAUCCUCGCCACAGUCGUGCACCCCUCCUCCUCCGCUUCCUCCCCGUAUCCCGACGACGACGACACAAUGCACGCCACAGCACUCCUCGAAGCGCGACAAAACCUUGGCACGACACUCUCUCAGCUCAGCGACCUGGUCUCCAUCCUCAACCAGAUCGUGACCUCGCUCAAGCCGCAGUUCUUCGAGGACAUGAGCACCCUGAUCACCGGGCUCGCCGACCUCAUGGCGGCGCCUCUGCCCGCGCAGCUGCGCGGCCUGAUCAACACGGCCACCGACCUGCUGGGCGGGCUGGGCCCCGUGCUGAGGUUCAUCGGCAAGAUCGACUUUGCGAGUCUGACGGAGUCGGCGCAGGGCCUGUUUGAGCCGCAGUUUGUCGCCGACAGGGUCAAGCUGAUGAAGGAUGUGUCGGGCUUGAUUACGACCCAGUUUAUCCAAAAGGUUGUUGACGUGGUUGAUGAGCUAGCUCCUCUCAUCGCAGCAGUAUCACAAUUCAUAACAGCCCUCAUCGCCUCGUUCAUCGGAUGAGCCGCUGGCCGACCACCCAUCUCGCACACACACACACACAUAUAUACACACACACACAUAUAUAUAUAUACAUAUCUACAUACACACCUGGGUACAUAUACACUUAGGC